AUGGAGAUGGUCUCCACUUGCAGCAUCGAUCGGGUCUUACUUGAUCUAGAGUUGCUGCUCCUGAACAUCGUCCGAAGCCGGUAUGCUACUUACAUUGCUCCUUGUGUUCGUGAUGCAAUCAAACGCAUGAAAUUUCUCAAAACAUUUCUUAUGCAUGCAAGAAAGUGGAGCCAAAGCAAUGAUUUGUACUUGCAAUCUGACGAUGUAGCAAAGAAGGUGAUUCUUCCAUCUUUCUUAUCUUGCGUUGAAGAUACCUUUCACAAAUACGAGGAGGACAUUCACUCCCUUUCCCUUAUAUCAAAAACGGAUAAAGAUCACUAUUCUAUUGUUAAUCGUGGAGUGUUCCCCGAAAUUGAGAAACAGAUCGAGUUACUUAAGCAAGAAAUCAUCCAAAUUUACUUUGCUAUGGCAAGCAGCAGGUCAUUGCAAUCAAAUUCUUGUAUGACGGAUGAUGAACUAAUGGAAUUCAUAGACCUCAUCCUACAAAAUCUAGCAGAUUUGACAAAUGGCUAUAUGGAUGGGAAAAUUAGUGAAUCAUCUAUUUCUGCUGCUUUGAGUGCUCAAGUACAAGCCCUUGAAGCCAAGCUAACAUUCUUGAAAAGCUUCAUUCCAUUUGCCAAAUUGCGAGGAACUGCAGAUAUUCCUGCCCUGCUGUUGGCUCACUUUGAAGUGGUGGCUUUGAACGCAGCACGCCUCUCUUACAUGUGUUCCUUUUGGGAAGAUGAGGAACUGCACAAACCUGAGUUCUGCUCCAUGAUAUAUGAGCAACAACAGAAAAUCACACCUAUUGAUUUUCAAGUCUAUGAGAUUUAUAUGGAUGUUCUUAGAGCUACAAGAUCCUCAAAAUCAUUGCAUAAUAGAAUGAUGGAUAAGCAGAUAUUGAACAACUUAAAUGAUUCUCUGAUAAGUUGUCUUUGGGAGCAGUUAUGCUGCAGCUCUAGCUUUAUGGAUUCCUUGAAAGACGAAAUGCGAAUGCUCUAUGCAGGACUGAAGUUCUUGAGAAGCAUUUUAAGGGAGCAGCAGGAGAAGAUGGAUGAACAUAAUGAAAAAAUUGGUGCUCUUCUCAGUGAGGCAGCCAUUAUAGUUUGCUCGUCUUCUCUAAACAGAGUGGAAGAAGAAGUUAGUCUCUCAGAAUCCACAGAGGCCCUUGACUGUUAUGAUAUGCUGGCUAAUACCAACAUCCAUAUCAAGCAUUUUAAGGAUCAGAUCAGUGGCUCAAGCAUUAUUGAAAGAAUUCCUUCCUUUCAUAGCUUCAGAGUACCAGAAGUUAGCAAGACUUCCAGCCGCGUGCUAUCAAAAGGAAAAAUGCCAAUACCCCAUGAAGUCAUGGUUGGUCUUGAUGAUGAGGUAGAAAAAGUAAUUGAACGACUUGUAAGCGGAUCAAAACAGGUGAAAAUUGUUCCCAUUGUGGGAAUGGCUGGGCUUGGUAAAACAACUUUAGCCAAAAAGGUUUACAAUGAUAGUUCAAUUAUCUAUAACUUCCAGAUUCGUCUUUGGUGUACUCUUUCUCAAGCCUUUAACAUGAAAAAUGUCUUACUUCAAAUUUUGUGCUCUGAAGGCAAACAUUCCAGGAUGGAUGAUGAGUUAAAAAAUCUGGAUGAACAUGUGUUGCUUGAAAAGCUCUACCAAAAGCUAAAGGAGAAUCGGUAUCUUGUUGUUUUUUAUGAUGUCUGGGACAUUAAGGUAUGGAAUGAGCUGAGAAUUUCAUUCCCUGAUGACAAGAAAGGAAGUAGAAUCAUCUUCACGAGUCGAUCUUCUAAUGUGGCUUCACAGGUUGAAUAUGGAGGGAAAUCUCACAAUCUUCGCCCACUCAGUGAGAAAGAAAGUUUUGAAUUACUGCUGAAGAAGGUAUUUGGAAAAGGAGAUUGUCCUCAAGCAUUGCAUGGAUUGGGAAUGGAGAUUGCCAAAAAGUGCAAGGGAUUGCCACUUGCAAUUGUUGUUGUAGCUGGAGUCCUAGCAACUAAAGAGCAUGGUAUUAUGGUUUGGGAAGAAUUUGCUGAAAGUUUAACUUUGACCAUUGUGUCUAGUACAGACCAGUGCAAGAAGUCAUUGGAGCUCAGUUAUGAGCAUUUACCAUAUCACUUGAAGGCAUGCUUGCUGUAUUUUGUUGCAUUUCGAGAAGAUGAAAAAAUUGGUGCCAAGAAUUUGAUGCGUCUCUGGAUUGCAGAAGGAUUUGUGGAAAAAAUUGAAGGAAAGAGAUCAGAGGUCAUUGCAGAAGAAUAUCUGAUGGACCUAAUUGGUCGAAACUUAGUUAUGGUAAGUAAAAGCAGAUCCAUUGGUGGAGUCAAAACUUGUUACAUUCACGAUUUGAUAUUUGAGUUCUGUAAGGGCGAGGCGAAAGAAAAGAAAUUCCUUCGGGUCCUGCGAGGAUAUGAUGAGAUUUCUACCUUUAUUGAGCCUCCCAACCUGCCUCGGUUGUCCAUUUGCUCCAGUGGAGAAGAUUUUAUAAAGUCAAAGCUAUUUUGUCCAUAUUUAGGUACUCUGCUACUCUUUGAUGCUACUCCAGGAUAUAUUAAGUUUGAGUUGCGUAACAUCUCCUUCCUUUUUCGCAUCUACAAACAACUUAAAGUUUUGAAUUUAGAGGGCAUUAACCUAAUGCUGAAGGAGCUUCCAGCUGAAGUUGAAUCACUUCUUCGUUUGAGGUACUUAUCCCUUAGAGCAGAGCGCAUGGAAUUCAUUCGACCAUCUAUAGCCAAGCUCUCACAUUUGGAAACCUUCUAGCUAAAUUCUUACCGGAGGGUUUCAUUGCCAGAUAGCAUCUGGAACAUGAAGAAGUUGAGGCAUGUAGAUGCAUGGAGUGGCGUUGUUAUUUUUCUAUCUUCCAACGGCAACGUUGUUGAAAACCUCUCUACUUUACCCAAUUUAGACACACUCUCUACUCUCUGUCUUUAUCUUGAUAAAGAGGGAGAGAACAUAUUGAGAAGGAUUCCCAACGUUCGCCGACUUAAAAUUGUCGAUUGUGGGAAACAAAACAGAGUAUGCUGCAACAUGAGUCGACUAGAAUGCCUAGAGUCA